AUGGACGCUAACUCUGCAGGAAAAAGAGGUGUUCCAAAAUUAAGAGAGCUCUUGAGAAGACAGAGACGUGACUCUGAGACAAUGUCUGAUGUCCCUGAUAUAGAAUUUGUUUAUGAUGAUGCUGAUAAGUUAAAUGUAGAGAUAUCAGAAUUAUAUAGUUACACUGAAGAAGAUGAAUAUUCUCAAAAUCAAUGUUGUUUUGAAGAGUUGUUUCACAAACAAGGAUUUGAGAAAUGGACUACUGUUAGUGAGGAAGACAGGACAAAGUUUAUAGUAUAUUUACAGAAUGAACUAGAGAUUACAGAUAGAAAUAGAAGGAAGUCUGCUAUUCAAGCUAUAUUAUAUCUUGUACAAGGUGUCUUUGGAGAAUGUGAUAAUGAAGAUAAUCAAAAUGAAUGGUCCAGAAAAAAUGUUCUCUUACUUUAUGAUCAAGAAUUGUUUAUAUCAUUUGUUGAACUGUUAGCCAUGGAAAUAGAGAAUCAAACAGCAUCAUCUGCUGCUCUGAGAAAACCAGCAGUUUCAAUAUCAGACAGUAAGGAAUUAAGAUUAAUUUUGAAUAUAUUAUAUACUAUGGUAGAAAGAAUGAGAGUGAUCGAACCCACAGAAACUGAAGAAGAAAAAAUUCUUAGAGAAAAUUUCAUAGCAGAUUUAAAUCAACCUAUUAUCGGUGAGGAUCCAUUAGCAAUCACAUUAUUUGCCAUGGUAACCAGAUUCUGUAGUGGUAGUGCACCACAUUUUCCUAUGAAGAAAGUUCUCCUGUUGUUAUGGAAAGUUGCUUUGUUGUCAUUGGGUGGUUUACGUAAUCUUCAAGAUGAGAAGAAUCGAGUAAGAGGUGAACAUGAUUUACCUCCCUUGCCAGAAGACAUGUAUGAGGUGUGUAAGAAUAUGAGAGCCUCAUCACCACCGGCGUCUGCUGCAGAUCUGAUUGAACAACAAGCUCCACGGCGAGGUACACGAGCUGGAAAAAGAAGUUUAGUCAAACAGAGUAGUUUGGAUGACCCGUUUGAAAAUGGUAAUGGUGCCGAAAGAGAUGAUGACCUCAUGCGAGACGUGGAUGCUUUAAAAUCAGAAAGUGAUGAAGAGUUACCUCCCACUCCUCCUAGACCUUCCACACCUUCUUUUGUUCAAAAGUCAUUACCAUGGAAACCAAAAGUCAGACAAAAGGAUUUGGAGAUGUUUCUAGAGUGUACACGAAACAAAUUUGUAGGUUUUCAAGUGAAGAAUGAUCAUGAUUCAUUGGCUGGUUUACCACAACCAAUACACGAAGGCGUCAAAAUCUUAAAACAGCAUCUGUAUAUAUCUUUAUCAGAAUUACAAAUAAAACGAGAGGAAGAAAUUGCUAAAAAUCCAUUAUCCAGACCUGAAAAAGAAGUUGCUAAUACACCAGCAGAAUGUCUGUAUCAAGUAAUGUUACCUAAUUUACCACAAUAUAUGAUUGCUCUAUUAAAACUAUUAUUAGCAGCUGCUCCUACUUCCAAAGCUAAAACCGAAUCUAUAAAUAUACUAGCUGAUGUACUUCCUGAAGAAAUGCCUACAACAGUAUUGCAAUCAAUGAAAUUAGGAAUAGAUGUAAAUAGACAUAAAGAAAUAAUAGUCAAAGCUAUCUCUGGUCUUUUAUUACUAUUAUUAAAACAUUUUAAACUUAACCAUAUUUAUCAGUUUGAAUUUAUGAGUCAACAUCUAGUAUUUGCUAAUUGUAUACCACUGGUGCUCAAAUUCUUCAAUCAAAAUAUUCUAUCUUAUGUUAGUGCUAAAAAUAGUAUACCAGUGUUAGAUUUUCCUAAUUGUGUAACAGGUGAUCAGCCAGAUUUAACAGCAGAAACUAUGGAAAAUGGUGAUAAUCAAACGUUUUGUUGGCGAAAUCUCUUUUCCUGUAUUAAUUUAUUAAGAAUAUUAAAUAAAUUGACCAAAUGGAAACAUUCAAGAACUAUGAUGUUAGUAGUAUUUAAAUCAGCACCAAUAUUAAAAAGAGCUUUAAAAGUCAAACACUCAAUGAUGCAGCUGUAUAUUCUGAAGCUGUUAAAAAUGCAGACCAAAUAUCUCGGUAGACAAUGGAGAAAGAGUAAUAUGAAGACAAUGUCAGCCAUAUACCAGAAAGUACGACAUCGUCUUGGUGAUGAUUGGGCUUAUGGCAAUGAUAUGGAUGCCAGACCCUGGGAUUUUCAAGCUGAAGAAUGUGCAUUAAGAGCCUGUGUAGAUAGAUUUAACAGCCGUCGGUAUGGCUCCAAUGGUACAGAUCCAGAGUUCAAACCAGUUGAUAACUGUCUACAGAGUAUCCUAGGACUAAAAUUUGAUUUGACUGAGGAAUUUAAAUAUAAUUAUGAACGUUGGUUAGAAAUGGAAGUCUUUUCACAUCAAGUUGACUGGAAUCAAAUACUGUUACAUUAGAUGGUUACUUUAAUAAUGGAAAACAUGAUCUGGAUUGUGAUAAAAUUGACUCUUUAAUCUGUGGCGGUCUUGACUAAUUGAGAGUUUAUUUUCACAUAGAAACCAUCAUUAAAGAAAGAAUUACGAAUGCAUUCUAAUAAUGUAAACCACAUUGAUAUGGGAUAAAUGCAGAUAGUGGGGCACUAAUUCUGGCCAAGUUUCACAAUUUAUCCAUUUAAAUACAUACGCUUGAUGACAAAUUUAGCAAUUGUAUCUGUAAAUGCUAUAUGGGGUUUGUGAUGUAUCUGAAACAUGCUUUUAAUUGUAGAAUAAUUGUUUACUAAUGUAUGUAGUAAAUUAUGUGUAAAAUAAAUUUUGUAUCAAAGUGUA